GAGGUGUUGCCGACGGUGGGGAAAACUCUGGAGUCAGACUUUACUCUACAACGACUGAACUAUGGCAAAUGCACAAACACCAGUGGUGGCAGUCGGUUCGUUUGGAGACGGUCCGGUCCAGGUGUCCUGUCCUCAGUGCCAUCAGACGGUCCUCUCCCAGGUGCAUCACUCCUCCGGGCUGCUCACCUACAUGUUCUGUGGAGGACUCUUCCUCUGUGGCUUUGUUUUAGGUUGCUGUCUCAUCCCGUUCUGUGUGGACCGGCUGAAAGACGCAAAGCACACCUGUCCCACCUGCAAGGCUGUACUUGGCGUGUACAAACGCUUAUAACUUAUACUCAAGCUGUGCAACAAUAAGUCAAAUAAUCAGAAAAGUAAAGUUUUGAUAGUAGAAUCAAAGUUUAAGGCACUGACACAAGGCUUUUUUGAUUACUUACAUCCAAAUGAUUCACUUAUGAUUAAAUAAUUAAAUAAUAUUCAGAUAAACUCAUAUGGAAAAUAUUGUUUGUUGCAACACAAACUGAAAUGUCGGACUACAGACUGACGUUUCCUCCUGAAUGAAACACUGUCAUACUCAGAAAAUGUAUUUAUCCUUCCUGAGUAUGACAGUAAUACAAGUUAACACUAUUAUUCGUCUUGUUAAUGGCCGCCUUAGAAGGAUGGACUCGAGACACAGACUUUAUUCAUAAGGACUUUGCAACUACAUUUGUUGAUGGUGUUGGUUUUCCUGCACAGGUUAAAGCGUGUGACUCUUUGUGAAAAUGUUUUCAC